AUGUUGAUUCCAAAGGAAGAAAGAACCAAGAUUCACAGAAAGUUGUUUCAAGAUGGUGUUCUAGUCGCUAAGAAGGACUUCAAUCAACCAAAGCACGAUGAAAUCGACACCAAGAACUUGUACGUUAUUAAGGCUUUGCAGUCCUUGACUUCUAAGGGCUUCGUCAAGACUCAGUUCUCUUGGCAAUACUACUACUACACAUUGACCGAGGAAGGUGUUGAGUACUUGAGAAAUUACUUGGGUUUGCCAGAAAACGUCGUUCCAGGUACUUACUUGGCCGACAGAUCCCAAACUCAAAGACCACAAAGAAGAUACUAA